AUGAAACAUUCAUCGGUGGAAUUAAAUGACUUACCUGAUGAGAUUCUUAUGAUUAUUUUGAAAAAAUUAUACAAUGUCCAAAUACUUUAUUCUUUAAUAGGUGUUAAUAAACGACUCAAUACAAUUGUACACGAUCCAAUUUUUACAAGUCACUUAACAUUGAUGAGAUGUUUCUCAGAUGAUUCCAUCGAUUCAUUACCUGACCCAAUACUUGAUCGAUUUUGUUUACAAAUCUUACAUGAAAUUCAUCAUAAAAUUCAAUGGCUUAAUCUUGAAUCAUCAUCUAUGAAACGUAUUCUUCUUGCUACAAAUUAUCCGAAUUUAUUUGGACUUGGUUUAUAUGAUAUUGAGAUAGAAACAGUUCUGUCUCUCUUUAUUGAAGAACCAUAUAGUCUAUGUCAUAUCUAUUUGUAUCCUGGCCAAUUAAAAUAUUAUUAUACUGUAACAAAUAAUUUUCCAGGUGUCUUAUUUACAUGUGUUCGUAAAAUAUCAUUAUAUGAUGAACGUCCUUUUGAACAUAAAUUUUUUCUUCGAAUUGCUGAAUCAUUUCCAAUUUUGAAAAUACUUUCUUUAAAAAAUUCUAAGCCACAAAAUAACAAACUAUACAGAGAAUCAGAGAAUGACAAUCAAGAUUUUUCGAUCAUUAAAUAUCCUUAUCUUACUAAUCUUACACUUUACUUUGCUCAUGAUGAUUAUAUCGAAGAAUUUCUGGUUGAUACGAAAGUAUGUUUACCGGAUAAUGAUGUUCAUCUUAACAUUGAUUAUGAACAACUAAACAGAGUGACACACAAUUUUACAAGAGAUAUAACACGAAUCAAUUGUGCAAAACUGGGUUCUUUAUGUCUGAAUGGUCGUCGACUUCCUAACUAUGCAAAAGACUAUUUUCCAAUGUAUAAAUAUCGAUUAUUAUCAAUGCUUAUGUAA